AUGGAGGCAGGAUUGCCGGACCAGGGCUUAUGCAUAAUACGGGAGGCAAAGCAAAAAACGUGGGAUAAGAAGGAGGAAGACAAAACGAAGCCUCCUCCCAGAACCAUGGCAAGAAGAGGCAAAAAAAAAAGGCAAUCCCCCGGGUCCAGGGAUAUUGGCGCGCGUGAAUAUGAAAAUCCGCGGGGAGACGUGGUGCAAAUGCAUGCAUGGAGCCGAUUGUGUUUGGCAAUCCUGCCGCUAUCGAAUGAACACAAUACGAUUAUUAUUAAGAUUUUUGUUGUUUUCAGGUUAUUCCUCCUGCGUAGAUCUAUACAGAAGAUCCCUACCCAGACUCUUGGCUCCAUUAGUUCGUUCUGGGCUUUUCAUCGCUCCAGCUGGUCUGCUCUUGGCCACAGUCCUGCGAGUGGAGGAAAAACGGGCACAAUAAAGCCGGAGUUCAAUCUCUCCCUAUUAUUUCAGAAACAGAAGAAACGGCUGGGAGGCUUGUCUUAUGAGGCACGCCAGGAUGUCACGCUGCGUCAGAUCUGUAACCAGUUGUCUGAGCUUGAGAUCUUCUUAGCAUGCCCCCAAGGAUAG